UGGAGAGAAGGAAGUUACCCGUAGGAUUUUUUCCGAAGCUUCCUCCCGCUUUCUUUUCCCUCCCCGAGGUCGGCUGAGCUCCUUCGCCAUCAUCCUCCACCCCUACCCCCAAAUAGCAGGUAAGGGAAGGGACCACUAGGGGCUGAUAAAGAAUUGUUUCUGGCACCCAGAACUAGACCGUAAGGAUAGAACUUUGAGUCCGGAGCUGAACUUGGGGUGGGAAAAAAGACAGCUUUUCUUUUUUUAUUUAACCACCUAUCAGGUCUAACUGGUACUACUUAGAGGACUAAGGGAGCUCGCAUGUUGAAGGGGGAGGGGAGAAUCUGGGGAAAGGGUGGAAACUGGAGAAAGUUUGCGCAUUUUCCAUUUAAAUAAACAAGAAAGACCUCCUUAGCCGCCCCAGGCGUAGGCCCCUCUAAAACACAGGGUAGGCUGGGGUGCAGAGGAAGGAAGGAGUCCCACUUUCUCUUUCUCCCCACCGUGUCUCCUGCCUCGGCCACCAUAUGGCUUCCGCGGUCUGGGGGGGUGCUCCCUGGUGGGGUCCGCCACCUCCAGCCCCUGCCCGUCCCCUCACGGACCUCGACUUCUGCUCUGGAGCGCAGCUGCAGGAAUUGACUCAACUGAUCCAAGAGCUCGGGGUUCAAGAUAGCUGGCACGGUGGGCCAAAGCCCGGGGCUGACCUCCUCCGAGCUAAGGAUUUUGUCUUCUCUCUGCUCAGUCUCAUCCACCGACGGGACCCCCGGGUUCCUGAGCGGACCGAGCUUCUGCUCCUCCGCGGUGGAGUCCGUGAGGGCUCUCUCGAUCUGGGGCCCGGACCCCUGGGUCCCUACGUCCGGGGGCCCCACUACGACGCCGGCUUCACGCUCCUGGUCCCCUUGCUCUGGUUGGACUGCGAAGGGGUGAGGCCGGAUCUCGAGCUGGAGUCCGGCAGCGCGUGGCUCCGCCUCCCAGCGCGAGUGGGCGGAGCAUCGGCCCUGGAAGCGUGGCACGAUUGCCUCGGGCCCUCCUCCCCAGCGGGGCUGGGCGGGAAAGGGGUGGUAAAAGAGGCGUGCCUAUUGGAGAAGCCUCCGCGUGACGUCACAGAGCCCGAGACUGCGGCGGCGUCCCCGACUAAGCUCGAAGACUCCGACCCUAAGUCGCCAGCACCGGCGGAGCAGCGGCGCGGUGACUUCAGGGAUUCGGAAGAGAGCGGCUUAUUGGAGGAACCUCCAGGUGACGUCACAGAGCAACUCCCUGGACAGCCAGUGACAGAGCCUGAGGGGCAGGGCCCUCAGGAAAACUGGCCCACUUUGUGCCCCACCCAAGUGGCUGCCUGGUUUUUUUCCUCACUAUCUGCUGUAGCUGUCUCCUUGACCCCGGACCCCGGCGCCCUGCGUCUGGUACAUGCCGCCCGCCAUGCCGGAGUCACUACUAUCCUUCUUUCCACCCCAGGCCCUCCCCCCCGGCUUCUGCUCUUUGACUUGGUGCCAGCGGUCUCCGUGGCCGGCUGGCCCGAGAGAACCCGGACCCAUGCCUGGAUGGGUCCCGCGGCCGCUGGGCCUACUGCCUGCUAUCUCGUGCCGGGCUACAGAGCCAUAAAGGAGGAUGGGCUCUGCUGGCGGAUUUGCCUCGCCCGCCAGGAGCUGGCUCUCAAGGCCCGCAUCCCCCCGCCUCUGCUCCAGGCACACGCCGCCGCCCAGGCCUUGCUGCGCCCCCUGGUGGCCGGGGCUGGUUGCGCGGCUCCCUACCUCCUGCGAACCCUGCUCUACUGGGCCUGCGAGCGACUCCCGGCCCUCUAUUUGGGGCGGCCGGAAAACGCCGGGGCCUGUUGCCUCGGGCUGCUGGACGAGUUAAGCCGCGGGCUCGAGGCUGGGUCGCUGCCCGACUACUUCCUGGAAGGGCGGGAGCUGGCGGCCGGGGAGGGGGCCAUGGAGCUGGCGGGGGCUCUCGCCCGACUCCGGGGGGACCCUGUAGGGGCUCUCAGAACUGCGGUGGAGGAAGCCAAGACUUCGCGGAAGGGGGGCGGGGUGGUGGGCGGGGGUCAUUAAAAUAGAUGCGGCUGGAUGGAGACGAGAAUUUUGGUUCUUCCCCUCCCCCCCCUUCAUUCCUUCAUUCCCAUCUCUGUGAGUGACAUAACUCAUUCUGGGAGACCUAGCCCUCGAACUUUCUGAGGCUGCUGUGGCUGUCUUGGUCCUGACCCUGAAAAAAAAAAUGUUUAGUCCCGUCUCACCACCACUCCAAAAUGCACACAUCAAGACCCUGACCCUGGGACUUCUCAUCCCUUCUUUGUCUAUUCUUGCCCUGUCACAACCCCUCUUCGAGUUUCUUCUAUGUAUGACCCUAGGUGGGAACCAAAUAAAGGGGUGGAGAGGAGAUGCUGACACAGCAUGAGAGCGGA